AUGGGAUGCUGCUCAGGCAGGGUAUCUUUUACGUAGCUGCAAAAGCAUAUGAAUGAGCCUAGCUUAAUGAUGAUUAAAGAAGGCCAAGAAAUUGUUGAUAAAACUUAUUUUUCAAAUGCUUCUAGUAAUUAUAUGAGUAUCAGAAGUAAUCAUUACAGCAAACAAUUCAAUGUAGCUUCAAUAGAGAGCAAACAUUUGAACCAAGAAUUAGAGUAAAAUCUAUCUAGAGAGCUCAGCUUAGCUUUAUCAAAUAUGAAUUUAGAAAAAAUAGAAGAAGUUUUCGAAUCCAGCACAAGAAUAACGAUAGAUGCCAUUUUUCAUUCCUGAGCGGAAAACCCAAAAACGAUAGGAGAGCUAGCUAUACAUCAAUUCGGGAUUUUUGUUACAGAAAAAGGUUUAGCUCAUGAGCCAUUAUUUAUUGAAUCAAUCAAAAAAACGGAAAUCGUUGAUAAGCUACUUGAAUAUGCCAAAAGUCAAGAAAGGGAUAAAUAUGAAGCAGCUGUUUUAGCUUUAUGUUCCUUAUUGGAAAAUCAAGCUUUUUCUGAAAUUUUAAUAAAGAAAAAUGCAUUAGCAAUAUUCAUCAAGCAUUUGAAUGACGAAAAAGAAUGGCUUAGAGGGACUGCUGCUUUAUGCUGUAGAAACUUAUAUGUAGCUAGGCCAAGAAUGCAGCAGGAAUUUAUUGAUGGAAAAGGAAGUGAGCAGCUGUUGAAGCUUCUUAGAUCAGAAAAUAGCAUAACUGUUUUUGAAACAAUUUUGAAUCUUUUACUCCCCCUUCUCUCAAUGAGUGAGCAAAAACUAUUGCAAAAAUCCCUAUUUUUGGACCGAAAACCCACCCUGUGAGUGAACAAAAAAUUUUAUGAAUAAGUGAUAAUUAAUAUAAUGAAAUCUCUUUCUAAUUCUGUUCAAUUUUAACAGCUUUCAUUUUAAAAAACAUCAGUUUUUACAAAUUAAAUUAGUAUUUUCUUUAAAAUUACAUCGAAUUUGGAUUUUUUUUAAAAAUUGAAAAAAAAAUUUACUAUAAACUUUCUAUAUAAAUUGCUUGAAAAAAAUUAAUCCCCAGAAACAAAUUUUUUGUCCGCUAACGGGGGGAGCUAGACUUAAUAUUGGAUGAUAAAGACAGAAUCCAAAUAAAUAUAAAAGAAAAAUUACAAGAUUUAUGUAUUAUAUAGUUUAUGCACCAUAAUAGAUCGAUGUACUCCAGGAGAAUACCGAUCAGAAAAAAAAUAUUGUCUAUGACACUUGCCUUAUAGAGCCUAAGUCUGAUUAGGCAUCGUAAAACCAUAAUCAGAGAUUUAACGUUUUGGUUUUUGUUUUUUCAAAAAAUUGGCAAAUGCAAAUUAAUUAAAAAAAGUAAAAAUUGAUGGUCAAUAAUGAUCUAAAACAUUUCAGGGGCUAUAGAUGAGCUGGAUAGGAUAAUAAUGGUAAAUUGUAUGCAGGAGACAAGUAUUUAUGACCAAGAUACAAUAAAUGAAGCUGCUAACUUUUCUUUUAAAUUGGAACAAAAAUCCUGUUUCAAUUUAGAGGAGGGCUUUUUGUUUAAAAAAAAAUUAUAUUAAAUUUUUCUCUUUAAAAUAUUUUUUCUUAAAUUUUUAAAAAUUAAAAAAAAUAUAAAUUGAAAUCAAUACUUUGAAUUUUAAUUUAUUUUUGUGAAGAAUUAAUUUAAAAAAUUUAAUCCCCUUAAUUGCACUUUUUCCAUUUAAAUUAUGCCAAAACUAAUUUAUAGAAUUUACAUUUUCACCAAAAAAAAUUUUCUUAUUAAAAUAUAUAUUAAAUUUAAAGAGGGAGUAAGUUUAAAAUUUUAUUUAAUUAA